AUGCGUCAUUUAGUAUCCAUAAAGGACCUCUCCAGUGAGGAAUUCGCCGUUCUAGUAGACAGAGCUGCUCACUACAAGAAAGUUUUCAAAGCCGGGAAUUUGAGCGAGAGCCAGAAAAACCAUGCCAAGCUAAUCGGUAAAACUAUCGCACUCGUGUUCUCCAAAAGAUCGACCCGUACCAGAAUCUCCACAGAGGGCGCUGCUGCCUUUUUCGGUGCCCAGCCCAUGUUCCUUGGCAGAGAGGACAUUCAGCUAGGUGUGAACGAGACUUUCCACGACACAACCAAGGUCAUCUCGUCAAUGGUGUCCUGUAUUUUCGCCCGUGUCAACAGACAUUCAGAAAUCCAGCAACUGGUUAAGCACUCAUCGGUUCCUAUCGUAAAUUCGCUGUGCGACAAGUUCCACCCUCUACAAGCAAUUUGCGACCUUCUGACCAUAAAGGAACAUCUCGACUACACAAAGAACAAACUCAAGGUAGCCUGGAUCGGUGAUGCGAAUAAUGUCAUUAACGACAUGGCCAUAGCAUGUUUGAAAAUGGGCAUCGACGUGGCCAUUUCAACACCACACGGGAUCGAAAUGGAUCAAGAUAUCAUCGAUGCUGGUUUGGAGAUCGCCAAAAGCAACGGCACAAAACUAGAAUGUACACACAACUCGAUAGAAGCUGCCACGAAUGCCGACGUUCUCGUCACUGACACAUUUAUCUCCAUGGGUGAAGAAUACGCUAAGGCUACAAAGCUAAAACAAUUCCAAGGCUUUCAAGUAAAUUCUGAAGUAUGCUCGCACGCCAAGCCUAACUACAAGUUCAUGCACUGUCUCCCAAGACACGAGGAGGAAGUAAGCGAUGACAUCUUUUACGGUGAGCAUUCCAUUGUAUUCGAGGAAGCAGAAAACAGACUUUACGCUGCCAUGGCGGUGAUCGAUGUCUUCGUGAUCAACAAGGGCGACUUUAGCGCUGGCCACGACUCAGUUUCGAAUUGA